GAAAAGAACAAAUAUUCUUCAACCAAAAAUAAAUAACUUUCCAUGAAAUCAUCUUGAAUUUUGUAUUAUAAAUUAGUGAACCAUCUUUGAUUCACCUAGUAACUCAAAACAAACUUGUGGUGUAACGUUUCACAAAACAAGGAGAAAAAGAAAAGAAAAAUGAAGACCUCAGCUUUCUUCAUCGCUGUAUUGCUCAUUCUAUCAUGCUCAUCAUCAAUGAUAAUGGGAGUUAGCUAUCAUGAGAACCGUUGCCAUGACUGGGUAGAUUGUGCUAUAUGGUGCAAACAAUGGGUUCCUCAACCAAAAUGUAUUAACCGUGUUUGCGAUUGUAAGCCAAAAUCUCUUCCGACCAACGACGAGAUUCCCAAAUCGGCUUCUUCCAGUUCGAAGAACUAAAAUAUGAUUAUGACUCUAUGUAUCCAUGAGAUAUAUUAUCUAGUUCAUCAAUAAAGUUAUAGUUCUUAUGUGAGUAUGCUAAUGAAUGAUAGAAACAGCGAUGACGUUGUGGUGAAUUUGUUCUUAUUUUCUUUUUGCUAAGUCGUUGGUAACUUGCGAGAAAAUUAAUUAUACUGACUAGAUGAGUACCCGCAUUACGUGCGGGUUUAUGUAUAACUAUUUACAAAUUGUUUUAUAUAAUGUCUGUUCAUAUAAAAUAAAGUUGAA